GGGAAAAGUUGAUGCUUUGUACGCUGCAUGACCAGGCCUAGACGGACGGGCGAGCAUGCCAGAACACAAACACGCACUGGACCAGCCGGAAUCAAUCUGACAGCAGCGCCUGGCUGAGAACCCCCGUCCUGGAAUGCGAUGAAGAUCCUGGAGGCCCAGUCAGCACAGCUGACCAAUUACGAGGUGUUCACGCACCUGACGGAGCUCAAAGCAAAGUCGAAUGCCCGCAAAGGGAACCGGGCCCUGGGAAGAGCCCCCGGGAAUCUUGAGACGGUCGUUAAAGAGAUACUGGAUUACUUCUAUGAGGCUCCCUCACCUCUCGGCUCCAAGCCCUUCCCGUACGACAGCAACACUAUUAAGAGGCUUCUUGCAAGGUUACGGGAAUUUCGACUCACAAAAGCCGAGAUUAUUAUGAUCAUGAACCUGAGACCCACGAAGCCAGAGAAUCUAAACACAAUCAUCGAAGAAAUGGAAGGGAGAUUUGAUGAUGACCAGCAAAUGGCCAUUGUAGCUGCCAUUGCCGAGGUCUUGGGAAAACCGGAUGGGGAAGCAGAGAGACAGGCCAUGACGGAUAAUGCAAAGGAGGCUAGGAAGGAGAAAUCGGAUAUGGAAUUAAAGCAGGAAGAGGUGAUGGAUAUUGAUGGAUAAUUUUAAAUGGUUAUCUCCCACCUAUGGCAUGAUGGGGCGGUGUUUUAGGUAUGAGCUAGCACGGCGUUAGCAGAGUGUUACAAUGAUACCGUAAAUGAUAUGCAUUUAUAUUCAGCGCCACGGCUUUGCACCGCUAUUAUACUUGGCU